GUCCGGGGCCCUUGGAGUUUCCCCCACCCCAACCCCUUCCCCUUGCCUCCGCCGCUCCCUUUUCCGUUCCCCCCCCCCCGGUCCCCGUCCCUUUCCCCCCGCCCGUCCCUUUUCCAUUCCCCUCGCCUGUCCCCGUCCUUUUCCCACCACCCGCCCCCGUUCCUUUUCCCCUGCCCGUCCCCGUUCCAUUCCCCCCUCCCGUCCCCGUCCCUUCCCCCCCGCCCGUCCCCGUCCCUUUCCCUCCGUCGGUUCCCGCCCCUGUCCCCCCACCCGUUCCUGUCCCUUUCCCCCCACCUGUCCCCGCCCCUUUUUCCCCACCCAUACCCACCCCUGUUCCCCCACCCGUUCCUGUCCCUUUCCCUCCGCCCGUCCCUGUCCCUGUUCCUUCGCCCGUUCCCGUCCCUUUACCCCUGCCCGUUCCUGUCCCUUUUUCCCCUCCCAUUCUUGCCCCUGUUCCCCCACCAGUUCCUGUCUCUUUUCCCCCACCUGUCCCCGUCCCUUUUCCCCCGCCUAUACCCGCCUCUGUUCCCCCACCCAUUCCUGUCCCUUUCCUUCCGCCCGUCCCUGACCCAUUUUCCCCGCCCGUUCCCGCCCCUGUUACCCUACCUGUUCCCGACCCUGUUCCCCCACCCUUUCCUGUCCCUUUCCCCCCGCCCGUCCCUGUCCCGUUUCCCCCGCCCGUUCCCGCCCCUGUUCCCCCUUCGGGAGCUUGA